UUUUAUGUUGUAGUAGUUGUGUUGUACUAUUUACGCUUUAGGUAAGCUGUGGUAUUUACAGCAAUUUUGGUUCAUCACAGCAUUUAUGUGUCAUAUUUUUCUUAAUAUGAUAAUCGGUUAAAUUUGUACAUUUAAUCUUUUAUUUAUUCAACUGUACAAGUACAUUGUGAAACUGAUAAGUUGUGCAUAUGUGUACUUUCUUAACUUACUAAAAAUAUGGAUUUCAUAAUUGAUACUGUAGGUGAAAGUGAUGAAAUUCGUGAAAAAAAGAAUGAAGCUCAUGAAUCGUUUAUAAGUGAAUUAUUAAAAGACUAUAAAGACACCUUAGUUGAGAGAAAGCCAAAGGAGAAAAAUAAAAAGGAAAAUAUUCUUUUAAAGGAGAUCCUUGAUGAUUUUGGACAGAUUAAUAAAAAGUAUCCAAAGGUGCCUCGUAAACAUUACGAAGGGGAAUUAGAUAGGAAAAGUGACAUUGAUAAAGUUUUAAGCAAAUCAAUAUUGUUAAAUCCAGAAUUUGAAAAAUUGCAUGCUAUUCCUCCAUUCGAAGUGUCAGAAAAAAAAAUUAAGGAACAAAGGAAGAGAGAAAGGCAAAAAACAAAAGGAAAAGAGUGGUUUGGCUUGCCAGCUACAGAAAUGAAUGAAGAAGUAAAACAUGAUUUAGAGAUAUUGCAAAUGCGAUCUGUAUUGGAUCCUAAAAGGUUUUACAAGAAAAAUGAUUUGAAAGUUUUGCCAAAAUAUUUCAAGAUUGGGAAAGUAAUGGACUCUCCUCUUGACUAUUAUAAUAAUCGAAUAGCUAAAAAACAGAGGAAGAAUACAUUAGUAGAGGAAUUAUUAGCAGACGCAGAAUUUAAUAAGUACAAUAAAAGGAAGUAUAAGGAAAUUAUUGAGGAAAAACAAAAAACACAUUACAAAGCUUGGAGGCAGGCAAAGAAAUUGAAGAAAAAGAAAUAAAAGCUAAUAUUUAUUUAUUUUUCUAUGCAAAUAAAUUCAUAAAAUAUAUAAAAUUA